ACUGUGAUGACGUCAGCUACGCGGUUUCGUCGAGCGCCCUUUAGUCGAACACGGUGUUGUGGUGGAACCGGAAAUUCCUCCACCUCUGAUUUCAGAAGCCCCCGGUUAAUUUCUUUCUUUUUUCCCCAACCACACUUUUUAUAGAAACUGAAGCGAUCCUCAACCCCUCAACCUCUUAAAUGUUGCUUCAUUUCAUUAGACUGCUGGAUUGGCGGCCGGAGAAGAAGGAGGGGAGUGUGAGAUUGCGAUACGAGAGGGUUAUCAUCAUCAGAAACAUGUUUCAUCCCAAAGAUUUUGAGGAGGAUCCCUUAGUGCUAAAUGAAAUCCGGGAAGAUCUACGGUCUGAAUGUGAAAAAUUCGGUCAAGUAAAGAAAGUCCUUAUAUUUGAC